AAAAAAAUAAAAAAUMAAAAUGACUUAGUUUUAUUGCUGAUUUAUUGAUGUUUUUCAGUUUAUAAUUAAAAUAUAGAUUUGAGUUUUGAUGUAUUAUUAGCUCCGUUUUUUACCAAACGUAGCCAGUAUAAGACUAGAGGGUGUCGUUAAAGUGGACAACACGAGACGUAAAGACACUACUAACAAAAUCUAACCAUGGGGGACCCAACUUCACGAAGAAACCAAACCAGAAAUCGUCUUCGAGCUCAACUUAGAAAGAAAAGGGAAUCUUUGGCUGAUCAGUUUGACUUCAAGAUUUAUAUAGCCUUCGUUUUCAAAGAACAGAAGAAGAAGUCUGCUCUUUUUGAGGUUGCUGAAGUGGUGCCUGUGAUGACGAACAACUAUGAAGAAAACAUCCUAAGAGGUGUGCGCGAUUCGAGCUACUCUCUUGAAAGUUCAAUAGAACUCCUGCAAAAAGAUGUUGUGCAACUACACGCCCCCAGAUACCAGUCAAUGCGAAGGGAUGUGAUAGGCUGCACACAGGAAAUGGAUUUUAUCCUUUGGCCGCGCAACGAUAUCGAGAAGAUMGUCUGUCUGCUGUUCUCCAGAUGGAAGGGUGCCGAGGACGAACCCUUUAGGCCUGUUCAGGCCAAGUUUGAAUUUCAUCAUGGAGACUACGAGAAGCAGUGUCUGCACGCUUUGGGUCGUAAAGACAAGGCUGGAAUGGUCAUGAACAACCCAACCCAGUCUGUAUUCCUCUUCAUGGAUAGACAACACUUACAGACUCCUAAAGCCAAGGCCACAGUUUUCAAGUUGUGCAGCCUGUGCCUGUACUUGCCCCAGGACCAGCUCACCUGCUGGGGUGUGGGAGACGUCGAGGAUCACCUCCGCCCAUACAUGCCUGAUUAAGGCUUUGUGCUUCACCCAGCCACACAGAGAAGAGCCUUCCCCCCUCCCUGCCUAAACCUUCAGAAGCAAAUUGAUGUCCUCAUCUCCUCCUUUUUCCCUUUUAAAAGAUUUGAACUUGUGCUUGGAUCUCCUUUUUGUUCCCCGCUCAUUCUCCUCUUCCUGACCUGACACUGAUUCAGUCCCCAAUCUUUUUUUUUUUAAUUUCCUCCCCUCCACGCUCCCAUUUCCCCCCCAAAUCUUUGACAUUUUUCGGAUUGAAUUUUUUUUCUCCUUCCUCAUUCCCUUCACCUCACUCACCCCUUUUAUUUUAUUUAUUUUUUUCCCAUUACGUUCAUUCAAACCUGCACGAACAUUGAUUUUGAGUGUUUGGUUGUUCUCUUGGAGCCAACAGCACCRGUCACUGAAUGAACUCUUUAUGUUGCAUCAAAACAGGAACAAACACAGGUCUUCAUGGUGGUUCUGAGAUGGACAUGUCUUAUAUCCGUGUCAUAAGGAAGGAUUGUUAAAGCUUGUAAUGUCACUGGGAUUUCUAAAACAACUUUAUACAAUCUUUUGACCAGGGAUGGGUGUAAUUUAGGUGUUCAAACGCCUCGAAAAGCAAAGAUGAGACAAACAGUACUUGUCAAAUCAUACGGUGUAGGUGUUGCUUAUAAAUCGCCUUAGUUAUUUUGCUGGACUUUUCCAAUGUUUUUGUGUCAUUUGCUUUAAUCUGAACCAUACUAGGCAGGUUUUUUGCUCAAAUCGAGUGUCUUGGAAGGCAUUGUACACAAUGUUGGUUGUUGAUUUUCACUGUUCAAAUUGUUCAUGCACUAUUCAUUUAAGCUACUGAAAUCUGAUGUUUUAUGCUUUGAUUUUUUGGGGGAUAUGGGUUGGUGAGAAAAUGGUAACAAAUUUGUUUAACACGCUAAAAGCUAACUAAUUUGUUUAAUUCGACAUACUAAAGUUACAAUCUGCUCGUUAAAUUAAAAUGUUUUUGCCAGCUUGCUUAAUAAAAACCAUCAAGUAAAAUAGUAUGUACAAAUUUGAGGUUUAGUGUUUUGAUUUGAAAGGGUGUUGAGGCUUGUUUUUUUUUUUCUGUUGGCUCACAAAUCAUUACUGCUGAUCAUAUCCCAAUACAGUGCAAAUGUUGAAAGCCUAA